AUGGAAAUAGUUCAGGUAAUCUUUUUCACGACUUACUGCAGACCACUUCACUUCAUGCCCAUGUAUAAUAGACAAUGCUGUUACGACUGUUAAACACUUUAAACCCCAAUAGUCGAAUACAAAUUCUCCAUACUAAUCUCCAUACAUUUCCCUAAAGAAUCGGUUAAGAAAAUUUGUUUGUAGAUCAAAGCUUUUUCCAUCAGGUGAUCAUUUUAUUUAUUCUCACAAAAUUUUCUGUUAAUUCUGUAUUGAUUUCGUUAGGAGAAAAUUGACUUUGGUCUCUCUUGGGGCCUAAAGAUUUUUUAUUAGUGGUUUUAUAGAGUCUAAUUUGAGCAGUUCUUGUGCAACUCCUUCUUGUUAAUAAUUAUCUUGACAGCUCUUUCAUAUUAUUUCCUAAAAUAUAGAUCAAUUUAUCACACAUUGUACUCACUAUUCUCUAUCUUCCCAAUGGCUUGGAGCCUACAGUCAAUUGUCGCUCGCGGCCUAUAAAUAGCUCGCUCUGCUUGCUAAGAAACUCGUGAGGCCGACUUGCAGCAAGUCUAAGGACCGUAGGAUGUUCCAAAUACUCAUCUAAUGAUAAUAUUAGUUAGUAUUAAUACUAGGUACAGGUAUACUGGAAAAUGAAAUGUUGUCGUUGUUGUUGAGAAACCAACCCUCCUCAGUUUUUUUUUUUUCAUUUUGGAAAUAACUACUGUAGUCAGUCCAAAAUUGUGGUGCACUUAUUUAGCUAUUCACCUUUGGAAUUUUGCUGAAAAACGCGUUUUGAAGCUAGUCGAGCCGUUUUCUGGCCACUGUCUGGCUGUAAAGAGAUAAAACAUACCACAAAGCCCUUAACAUUACCUGCACUUCUUAUAAGUUUGGGCAGAAAGCAAAGUUUCGAUGGGUUUAACAGUGACACAGCAGCCUUGACUAUUUCUUUUCGCUUUCUCUCCUCUCCUUUUCUUUCGCUUUUCUUGCCUCGUUUUCUCUUUUGCAGGGCAUUUACAACUGUAGCAGAGUUCAGUUUGGCGGCAAAAGUUUCUGGGGGAAGCUUCUAGGAUGAAAGAAAAGGUGGGUGGGUAGUGGAAGAAGAAUUUCAUGGGAUUUUUGCGCGUCAACUUUACUGUUUUUUUGCCUUUUCCACGGCCUCCUUCACUGAAUCGUGCUUAUCUGGUGUGGUUUCAAAGAUCUCUUCACCCUGCACAAGCUAGCGGACAAAGUUGUCCUUGACCGUUAAUAAUUAAGAUUCAAAUAAAAGUGGCAUUUACGUUUAAGCUUGUUCCUUGUUCUUUGUUGAAAUUUCCAUGCUAGGAGCCAGUCUCUUUGUAUGGAGACACAAAAUUCUUCUCCCUGGCCAAGCUGGAUCGCACACUUAGCCUUUCUUCAAUUAAAAAGUUCGUGGAGGAAGAAGAAGCAAAGUAAGCUAAUAACUAGCUCUUACGAAUGGUUCAACUCUUAUAACAGUUACCUUUAAAGCAAUAAUUUUACCAUACUCAUCUUUCUAGCAAUUACUCAAAUAAAGCAAUUAUCAACAGACUUUAAGCGAAUGGUUUUCAUAGUUUUGGUGCUGUAAAUUGACUAGUAGUCUGAAAUGUUAUACGUCUCCACCCCUAACCCGUGGGGGACGCGGGGGAAAGAGAAGUUUGAAUUCCGAGCGUUAUAAUGCCGUCCGGUGACGUCACCUACUUUUGCGAACAUGGUAGGUAUUUUCUGAUUGGCUAUUACCUUUCCGAAAUAGAAAAGCUUUUAUUAUUGACUGAACGCGCUAAGGAAAACAUCCGGUUUGACCGGCUAAACGAGAUUUAUAAUUGCUGUGUGAACCGUAACGUGAAGUAUAAAACUAUUCUUUCAGGUUGCCAGGUAAACUGGUUAUAGAAUGGCCUGAGGAUGACAAGCUGGAUCCUAAACCCUAA